CGCGGGGCCGGUGGCGGCGGCAGGGCGGGUGCGGCCCAUGGCGGACGCCGAGGCCGGGGCCGAGGAUGGAGCCGAGGAUGGCUUCUACAAGCACUUCGCCGCCGAGCUGGAGGUGCUGGCCGAGCUGGGAGAUGAGCCAUCCCCACCCGCCGGACCCAAAACCUCCCAGUUCCGGGGCAAAAAGCAGCCGCCGGAGGAGCCCGCCUCCCCCGGGAACUCUCCCGGGGACACCAAUGCCAAGAAGAGGCACCGGGACUGUGUCCCGGCCGUGUCCCCGCCAGCACCCGAACCACGCACCCCGAAGCCGAAGCGGCAGCGCCUGGAGGCUGUUAAGAAGCUCGAUUUUGGCGCAGACGAUGAGUUGGCUCCGGAUGUCUCCUGGGAUGGUGGCCCAGAGGCGCCUCUUGCUCCUCACAAUAGCAGCUCGAACCACCUGGAGAUGAGUGGAAUGAGCCCCCUGCAGACCACACCACCCUUGGAAAAGAAGAGGGUCCUCAGGAGACCCCCCAUCCUGGAGGAUUACAUCAACGUGACGUCCACCGAGGGCACCAGGGUCUUCCUGGUGCUGCGAGAUGAUCCCUGCAGGACAGGGGUGGAGCUCCCGGAUUCCCUGGGCUGGAAUGCUCGCAGGCCGCUCCACUUGCUGGGCGUGCCCUUCUCCUACCUGAAGGAGCAGGUGGAUGAGGAGCGUCGCAGGCAGGUUCUGGAGGCCUCCCAGCAGCUGACAGAGAUCAUAAACAGCUGCCUUGGGAGCGAGCCCAGCACUGAGAGCCCGGAUCCCAGCAUGGACACGGAUCCAGCAGCCGAGGAAGAAUCUGCAUCCCACUGCCUCUGGGUGGACAAGUUCAUGCCCCGGCGCUACAUGGAGCUGCUCAGUGACGAUUACACCAACCGCUGCCUGCUGAAGUGGCUCAAGCUGUGGGACACAGUGGUGUUCGGCAAGGACAAGGCUCUGAAGAAGGCCAAGCCUAGCCCUGCAGCUCAUCCCCAACUCAGCCAUCCCAAGGAGCAUCCCAGCAAGUGGAAAACCAAGGUCCAGCUCACAGAGGAGAUUCUGGAGGCCGAGCUGGACCAGCACAAGAGACCCAAAUACAAGGUGGCCCUGCUCUGUGGCCCCCCUGGCCUGGGUAAGACCACGCUGGCCCACGUCAUUGCCAGGCACGCGGGGUACAACGCUGUGGAGAUGAACGCCAGUGAUGACCGCAGCCCCGAGGUGUUCCGGACCCGCAUCGAAGCCGCCACCCAGAUGAGGUCGGUGCUGGGCUCCCACGAGAGGCCCAACUGCCUCAUCAUCGACGAGAUCGACGGCGCGCCCGCGGCCUCCAUCAAUGUGCUGCUGGGCAUCAUCCAGCGGAAGGAUGCGGAGGGCGAGGCGGGCACGGGGCGGCGGCGGCGGCGUGAGGGGGGAAUCCUGCUGCGGCCCAUCAUCUGCAUCUGCAACGACCAGUACGUGCCCGCCCUGCGCCCGCUCCGGCAGCAAUCCUUCCUGCUCAGCUUCCCUCGCACCGCUCCCUCCCGGCUCGCCCAGCGCCUCAGCGAGAUCACGCUCCGGCAGGGAAUGCGGGCGGACAUGGGCGCGCUCCUGGCGCUCUGCGAGAAGACGGACAAUGACAUCCGCUCCUGCAUCAACACCCUGCAGUUCCUGCACGGCCGAGGGCAGAAGGAGCUGAGUGUGCAGGUGGUGCAGACCAUGAGGAUCGGCCUGAAGGACCAGAACAAGGGGCUCUUCUCCAUCUGGCAAGAGAUCUUCCAGCUCCCCAGGGCCCAGAGGCACAGGAUAGGAAUGGACCCCUCUUUGCCAGCCCAGCUCCUGCUGGGGGAUGAGGACCUGUCACACCCUGGGGGCUCAGCUGGCUUCAAUUCCUCUUCCCACCGCUUCCACCACAUCCUGCACCUCUCCAUCUCCUCGGGAGAGCAGGAGAAGCUGGCCCAGGGCCUGUUUGAGAACUUCCUGAAGAUGAAGGUGCGGGAUUCCAGCCUGGGCUCCGUGUGCCUGGCCCUGGAGUGGCUGGGCUUCUCCGACCUGCUGGGCCGGGCAGUGCUGCAGGGGCAGAACUUCCAGCUGCUGCGGUACCUGCCCUUCCUGCCCGUGCUGUUCCACCUGCUCUUCGCGGCCACCUCCAUCCCCCGGCUGGCCUAUCCCAGCAGCCAGCACGAGGCCCUGGCCAAGCUGACCCAGAUGCAGAACCUGGUGCUGUCCAUGGUGUCGGGGAUCGCGCCCAGCGCCCGGAGCCGUGCAGGGCAGCAGGCGCUGGUGCUGGAGGUGCUGUGCCUGCUGCUGGACAUCAUUGCCCCCAAACUGCGGCCUGUGAACACGCAGCUCUACAGCCUGAAGGAGAAGCAGCAGCUGGCUGAGCUCAUCAGCACCAUGCUCACCUAUAACCUCACGUACCUGCAGGAGCGCCUGCCUGAGGGCCAGUACACCUUCAAGCUGGAUCCGAAUGUGGAGGCCGUGUGCCGCUUCCCAGCGCUGCCGGCCCGCAGGCAGCUCAGCUACCAGGCCAAGCAGCUCAUUGCCAGGGAGAUCGAGCUGGAGAAGAUGAGGAGGACGGAGGCACGGAGCCUGGGCCAGGAUCCUGGGAAUGGCCUCGGGGAGGAGCGAGGGGACCCGGAGCCAGCGGGGUCCCCCAACCACCAGCAGCGCCUGGAGCACAUCGUGAGGAGAGCGGCACUGCACGACAAGCCUGAGACGGAUUUUUUCGGGAGGCCACUCCAGCGGAAAGAGGCGGCCACAGCCCCGGCCCCUCAGGUGUCCAAGGAGGAGUCCCUGGAGAGCCAGAUGGGAAAGGCCGUGGGGAAGAGCGACGUCUGGUUCCGCUUCAACGAGGGCUUCUCCAACGCUGUCAGGAGGAAUCUUUACAUCAGGGACCUGCUCUAGCAGGGCUGGGGGGGAGCCAGGAAUUCUGGAGCUGAAAGUGAAGGCAUCCGCUGGUUUUUGGCUUUCUAACCCCUGGCUGGGGUGUGUGGCCAUGAUCUUGGUGUAGAGUUUUGUAUUACCCACUUAUUUUGUUUAAAAAAAGAAAUAAAAUAUCUCUAAAAAAAUUCAUAAUGAA